AUGUCUCGUAUUUUUGUGACAGUCAGCAAACCGCAUAAGCAAUUGAUACCAGUAUUGACUGUCACCACAGCGGAUCACACUGGUGGUAGCUACUCGAUUGGGGGACUUCACCCAGCAAGUAUAGCAGCAAUAGCAGGCGCAGGACCAAAGGUGGAAAUCAAACCAGGAGAGCGAUUCGAUGUCAGAUUCAACGCCAACAAAGUGCGAACAGCUUUCACGCUGGUCAUCAACACUACCAAACAUAUUCCGCAUUUGGAGUGGUCAUCAGCAACCGGCCUAGGCGAGCUUCCACUUGGUCUCAGCGCAAUAGCACCCUCUGUUCUAUUGAAAAAUGGUGGAAAAGCCCAAGCUGCCGGAAAAGAGGAUAAAACUAAAGCAAAACCUGUGAGAGACGGAAAAGGAAGCAGCGCAAGAGUCCGUAGAGUUGAUAGACGCGAAUCAAGAUCCACUAGGAGUAGCGACUCGGGUCAUUCUAGGAAGUAUGUGGACAGGUACGAGGUUGAAGAAUGUGAUGAAGGAUAUUCCACCGAUGGCGAAGGCUACUACGGCAGAUAUGAUCACGAUCGACAGAUUGAACAAGACAGCCGACGCCAUCGAGGUCAUUACGAAAUCGAGGAGACUGUUCCUUUGAAAGCAACUGACAAUAGUCGUCGCACUCGCGAUCGGAGCGAGAGAAGAUUCAGUCGUGACGGACCGGAGCGGCCAGUGAAGACGCGCCGUCAGAUCGAGGAAAAGCCUUUCGUGGAGCAGGCCGGGAAGCGUCAGAGGUACCGGCGGCAGAGUGAAGAUAAUCCACACAGGCACCCCAAAUAUCAAAAGCAGAUUGAGGACGUCCCAGAAAGGCGACCAAAGGCUUCUCCAAAAUCCGAGGAUAAUGAAACGACGCGCAACCUUGACAUGUAUAAAAUCGAGGAGCAGCUUAACAUGCAACGAAAAGACCGCAAUACGAGAUCGAAGUUCGACGGCAGAGAAAAGGCUCGUUAUCAACUAGAGGAAGAUGACGAUGGAUAUGAAAGCGAGUAUGAUCGAUGGGAAUCUCGAGAACCCAGUAAAAGUCGAUCAAGUGAUGAUGGCUAUGGGAGGGGUCGCGAGAAGCGGGCAUCGCGGACAUCGAGCCGGAGUCGACAUUGA